UAAACCUGCACGCCCCUUUCUUCUAUUUUUUUCUUUUGAAAAUAAAAAUAAAAAUAAAAAUUAGCAUAAACCCUAAUUAGAAACUAGAAUCUCUCUCUCGCUCUCUCUAGCCAUUUAAUAUUCCCCUUCUCAUUCCGUACCUACAGUAAGAUUGAUCUAUUUUGUCAAUUUAUUAGUUUUUUAAAAAAUUAUUUUGAUCAGGGAGUUUUGCUGGUUUGGAUUGAUUUUAUUAUCUGAUCAUCAAUUUGCUACGAGAGAUCUGCUGAGGGAAGUGAAAUCUAGGCUUAGGGUUUUGAUGCUUUGGCGGGGAUCAUCGGCCGUCGAACAGGUUAACAGUUCGGGUCGGACCCUCCGAUGGCAAAUUCCGGAGUUGGGAAUAAGUUUGUUUCAGUCAAUUUGAACAAGUCCUAUGGCCAACAACCAUCUAAGCAUCUGUACCAAUCACAUCAUUCGGGUUCUUAUGGGUCAAAUCGGGCACGACCGGGUGCUGGCGGUGGAGGAGGGGGAGGAAUGGUGGUUCUUUCACGGCCUCGUAGCUCCCAAAAGGCUGGGCCCAAAUUAUCUGUUCCACCCCCCUUGAAUUUACCAUCCUUGCGAAAGGAACAUGAGCGGUUUGAUUCGUUGGGCUCCAGUGGCGUGCCUGCCAGUGCAGGGAUUUCUGGGAGUGGGCCAAGGCCUACUUCGUCCGGGAUGGGAUGGACUAAACCCGUUACAGUUGCUCUGCAGGAGAAAGAAGGGUUGGUUGGGGGUGGUGAUCAUGUCAAUGAUGGGUUUGAUCAGGGCUUGAAUACUGGUGAUGGGGUCAGUAGGGGAAGUAGUGGUGUUUAUUUGCCGCCUUCGGCUAGGUCAGGUGUGGCAGGACCAACGUCCUCGGUGCCUGCUUCAUCUCAAGGUUUUCCGCCUUUGGAUAAAGCGACAGUGUUGAGGGGAGAGGAUUUUCCUUCGUUGCAAGCAGCUUUGCCUGUCGUAUCCGGGGCUGAAAAGAAACAGAAGGAUGGUUUGAAUCAGAAACAGAAGCAAUUGGCAGUUGAGUUGUCUAAUGAGCAUAGGGAUGGUUCUCGCUCGAGUUCAGUUAUUGAUAUGCGUCCUCAAUUGCAGUCGGGAAGAAUUGCUGUUGGCAAUGGAUUGAGUGAGAAUGGUGGUGAAGGUCAUGGAGUAGGUGGUUCUCGUUUAUUUGCGCCAGGCAGGAAACAGGAUGAGCACUUCCCGGGGCCACUUCCAUUGGUUCGCUUGAACCCAAGAUCUGAUUGGGCUGAUGAUGAACGUGAUACAGGUCAGGUUGUAGACCGCGGGAGGGAUCAUGGGUAUUUGAAAAGUGAAGCUUACUGGGAUAAAGAUUUUGAUAUGCCAAGGGCUGGUGUGCUGCCACACAAACCAGCACAUAGUCUUUUUGACGGGUGGGGACAGAGUGACAAUGAAACUGGACGAACUCCUUCCAGUGAAGUCGCUAAAUUGGACCUUUAUGGUAGAGAUGCAAAACUACCAGGCAGAGAAGGGCGGGAAGGAAAUUCAUGGAGAGCAUCUUCCCCUCUUCCUAAAGAGGGAAUUGGUUCUCAAGAGAUUGCAAGUGACAGAAAUAAUAUUGGCACAAGGUUUUCAAGUAUGAAUAGAGAAAAGGAGAUUAAGUACAUUCCUUCCCCUUUCCGAGACAAUGCUCGGGAUGAUAUUGAAAGGAAGGAUGUGGGUUAUGGAACUGGAGGAAGACAAGCUUGGAACCACUCAACAGAUUCAUUUAAUUAUAGAGAAUUUGAGAGGAAUACAAGGGAGCGUUAUGGCAAUGAAAAGUACAAUAGAUACAAAGUUGAUUGUUUCCAGAAUAGCUCUUUAUCAAAACCGUCUUUUCCUUUGGGUGGUAAAGGACUUCCUGUUAAUGAUCCUAUACUAAAUUUCAGUAGGGAGAAACGUCCUUUGUCCAAGAAUGAAAAUCCUUAUCUAGAAGACCCUUUCAUGAAGGACUUUGGGGCUUCUGAAUUUGAUGUACGGGAUCCUUUUUCUGGAAAUCUUGUUGGGGUCGUUAAGAGGAAGAAGGAUAUGCUUAAACAAACUGAUUUUCAUGACCCUGUCAGGGAAUCAUUUGAGGCUGAACUAGAGAGGGUGCAGAAGAUGCAGGAACAGGAGCGGCAGCGAAUUAUUGAAGAACAGGAAAGAGCAUUGAAGCAAGCUCGUAGAGAAGAAGAGGAGAGACUAAGGUUGGCAAGGGAACAAGAAGAGCAGCGGAUAAGGUUAGAAGAAGAAGCAAGGGAAGCUGCAUGGAGAGCAGAACAAGAGGGGUUGGAAACCUUGCGAAGGGCAGAAGAACAGAGAAUAGCCAGAGAAGAGGAAAAACGCAGGAUUGUUAUGGAGGAGGAAAGGAGAAAGCAGGCUGCUAAACAAAAACUCUUAGAGUUGGAGGAAAGGAUUGCCAAGAGGCAGGCUGAAGCAGCGAAGGGUGGUAGUAAUUUUUCUACUGGAGCAGAUGAGAAAAUUCCGGUGACGGCAAAAGAGAGAGAUGUAUCAAAAGCAACAGAUGUGGGUGAUUGGGAAGAUGGUGAAAGGAUGGUGGAAAGAAUCACAACUUCAGCAUCUUCUGAUUCUUCUGGUCGCAACAGACCCUUUGAAAUGAGUUCUAGGUCUCAAUUCUCUAAUGCUUCUUUUACAUUUUCAGAUAGAGGUAAGCCCCUUAAUUCAUGGAGGAGAGAUGUAUUUGAGAAUGGAAACAGCUCAGCCUUCGCUGGGCAUGAGACGGAGAGUGGGCACCAUAGCCCAAGGCGUGAUGGAUCUAUUGGGGGUGGACCAUUUCCAAGGAAAGAGUUUAAUGGAGCACCUCCAUACGUGUCUUCCAGGCCCUACUAUAGAGCAGGGGUUCCAGAACUCCAUAUAGAUGAUUUUGAUCAGACAAAGGGUCAGAGGUGGAACGUUUCUGGGGAUGGUGAUCAUUAUGGCAGAAAUGCUGAAAAUGAAUCUGAAUACCAUGAGAAUCUAGCUGAGAAUUAUGGUGAUGUGACAUGGGGCCAGCGUUCUCCUGGUAAUAUUUAUCCACCUUACCCUGAAAGAUUCUAUCACAACCCUGAGGCUGAUGGGCUUUAUUCCUUUGGGAGGUCACGAUGUUCUGUGAGGCAGCCUCGUGUUUUACCUCCUCCAUCUUUGUCUUCAAUUCAGAAAACCUCAUAUAGAGGUGAGAAUGAGCGUCCUGGUCCAUCAACAUUCCUAGAGAAUGAGAUACGGUACAAUCAUGCAACAAGAGGUGCAUCUGGCAUUGAGAGAGUUUAUGAUAGUGGUCAUCAAGAUGAUCUUGGACAGCAUGUAAUUAUAGAUACUCAGCCUGAGAAUACUGAUAAUGAAACGCAGAAAGUGGAUGGCAAUGCAGCAAGGUGUGACUCACAGUCAUCCCUAUCUGUUUCAAGCCCCCCAGAUUCCCCAAUUCAUCUUUCUCAUGAUGAUUUGGAUGAGUCUGGAGAUUCUACAGUGUUAUCAGCGGAAGAGGGUAAACAGGUUAACUUGUCAGAGGGGUCCGAACCCCUUCUGUUAUCUACUGAAGCUAGGAAAGAUAAUGUUCGGACUGCCUCAAGCUCUAUUUCAGCUGGUGAUGACGAGGAAUGGACUGUUGAUAACAAUGAUCGGUCGCAGGGGCAAGAAGAAUAUGACGAAGAUGACGAUGGAUACCAGGAAGAAGAUGACGUGCAUGAAGGAGGUGAUGGCAAUAUUGACAUGACCCGACAGUUUGAUGAAAUGCAUCUAGAGAAUAAGGAGUCGCGUGACAUGAUGGACAAUUUGGUCUUAGGUUUCAAUGAGGGGGUUGAGGUUGGCAUGCCAAAUGAUGAGUUUGAAAGAAGCUCGAGGAAGGAGGACUCUGCAUAUGCAACAACACAGAUUUCUGUUGGCUCUGUAGAAGAAAAGGUAUCUUUCAAUGGGAUGCAUACUGAUAGAAAAACCCUUCCGUCCAUGGAUGCUCCUUCCCAAGGGAGUUUAGAUAGUCCUUCUAGAAUCUUUCGGGAAACUGAGAAGCCAAUGCAGGAUCUGGUUAUUCAGCCUAAUACUGCACCUCAAGCAUCAGCUGCGUCUGAGCUAAUGGAUAAUGUGGAAGCUACUGGUAGCACUGGUGUGUUGGCAGAGCAUAACCUCCCCUAUUCUGUCAGCAUGGCUUCCCAGUCAUCUUCUGGUCAGAGUGGCAUGCCUACUGCUUCUUCUGUUCCUAAUCAGGCUGAAGUACCUAUUAAGCUCCAAUUUGGGCUGUUUUCAGGUCCUUCUUUAAUACCAUCUCCAGUUCCAGCCAUACAGAUUGGUUCUAUACAGAUGCCUCUUCAUUUGCAUCCUCAGGUUGGCCCAUCCCUCACCCAAAUGCACCCAUCACAACCUCCUCUCUUUCAGUUUGGUCAGUUAAGGUAUACAUCUCCUAUUUCCCAGGGAGUGUUGCCAUUGGCUCCUCAAUCUUUGUCUUUUGUCCAGCCCAAUGUUCCGGCCAACUUCUCCAUGAACCAGAACCCUGGAGUCCCUCAGCCUGUUCAGCCUAGUCAAGACACUGCUGGGUAUAAUCUGAUGAAAAACAAAGUUUCUUCUCUCUUGGAUAAUCAGUCAGGUCUUCCAAGGUCCAUGGAUUUAUCACACGGGAAUGUGUUGAAAGAGGAAAGUUCCACACUAGCCAGAGAAAGAAGAAAAAGCGUUGUGACAGAGCAUGGUCAUGUAGAGAUAUCAAAUAUUGGUGAUAGCAGAACUAGGUCCGAGUCAGGUUUCCCUUCAGAAGACCAGGGGCACCAGAAUUCAGUUCGUAGAAACUUCAAAGUUAUGUCUAGUAAACAAUCAGAAGGUGAACUGCAAACUGUUCUGAUAUCAUCUCAGUCAGUCUUGAAAGAGAAAGAUUUAAGUGGAUUAAGGGGCCAAAAUUAUAGUAAUAGGGGGAAAAAGUAUGUCUUUACGGUUAAAGGUUCCAACUUAAGAUCACCUUUUCUUGCUUCUGAGGCCUCUCACCAAGAGUCUACUGGAUAUCAAAGGAGGCCCCGGCGUCCUCCAACAGAGUUUAGAAUUAGGGAAAAUUCUGAUAAGAAGCAGUCUUCUGCAAUGGCUUCUUCAAACCACCCCAAUCAAGUAGGGCUGGAUGAAAGCUCAAUUGCCAAUGGAAGGAGUAGCGGAUUUUCUGAAAGAAUUGGGGUGAGGAAAGUUGUGGUGAAUAAAUCGAAACGGACAAUUGAAUCAGAAUGCUCAAAUUCAGCUCUGGGCAUUUCCUGGGAGAUGGAUUCUGGGAACAGGAAUGAAAAGGGAUUGAGAAAAGAAUCAUUGGUGAGGAAUCAGAAUAUCCCACACCCAGGGGAAGGUAAUCUUAAGAGGAAUAUUGAAGAAGAUGUGGAUGCUUCUUUGCAAAGUGGCAUUGUGCGGGUUUUUGAGCAACCUGGAAUAGAAGCAGCCAGUGAUGAAGAUGAUUUCAUUCAGGUUAGAUCAAAGAGGCAAAUGCUGAAUGACAGGCGCGAGCAGAGAGAAAAAGAAAUUAAAGCAAAGUCCCGGGUUGCAAAGCCACCACGAAAAGCUCGUUCAAUUCCACAAACUUCCACUGUCUCAGGAAGCUUAAACAGAAUUUCUGCUUCAGGAAGUGGAGAAGUAAUGGACAAUGUUCCCUCUGAUUUUGUUGCCAUUGAGGGACGUAAUCUGGCAAAUAGUGAAUUUUCUGCAGGAUUUGGUGCAACUAUAGUAUCCCAACCCUUGGCCCCAAUUGGUACUCCUGCUAUUAAAACUGAUGUACAGGCUGAUAUAAGAACACAGGCAGUGAAGUCACUCCAGAUAACCCCCCUACCGGCCGCCUCAGGCGGUGGACCAAACAUGGUUUCAGACUUCAUGUUUGAGGGCAAGAAUAAGGUUCUGGAUAAUGUUCAGACAUCUUUGGGAUCGUGGAGUAAUUCAUGCAUUAAUCAACAGGUAAUGGCACUGACACAGACCCAACUUGAUGAUGCUAUGAAGCCUGUUCAAUUUGAUACUUGUGCUCCUAUUGGAGAGCGCACUAGCUCAGUUGCUGACCCCAGCAUGCCAUCCUCAUCCAUAUUAUUGAAGGACAAGUCGUUUUCUUCUGUGGCAAGUCCAGUAAAUUCUUUGCUUGCUGGGGAGAAAAUAAAACUCGGAGCAGUAACAUCUUCGACAGUUCUCCCUCCUAGCAGCCGUGCUGUUUCACAUGGGAUUGGCCCUCCAGGUCCAUCUCGAUCAGAAAUCCAAACCCCCCACAAUCUUUCUGCAACAGAGAAUGAUUGCUCCCUUUUCUUUGAAAAAGAGAAACACUCAAAUGAAUCUUGUGUUUAUUUGGAAGACUGUGAAGCUGAAGCUGAAGCAGCUGCUUCAGCUGUUGCUGUUGCAGCCAUAACUAGUGAUGAGAUUUUAGGGAAUGGAAUGAGUACUUGCACUGUUUCUGCUUCAGAUAAUAAAGGUUUUGAAGAUGAUGGUGGUCGGCAGCUAGCAAGUCAAUCAAAGGCAGAAGAGUCACUCAGUGUUUCUCUUCCUGCGGAUCUUUCUGUUGAGAACCCACCAAUUUCUUUAUGGUCACCAAUACCUCAUCCACAGAACUCUUCAAGCCAGAUGAUUUCUCAUUUUCCAGGAGGCCCUUCUCACUUCCCUUUCUAUGAAAUGAAUCCUAUGAUGGGGGGUCCAAUCUUUGCCUUUGGACCACAUGAGGAAUCUUCAUCUACCCAAUCGCAGUCCCAGAAGAGUAGCACACCUCCUUUGGGUGCCUUAGGAACCUGGCAACAAUGCCAUUCUGGAGUAGAUUCAUUCUAUGGUCCUCCAACAGGUUUCACUGGCCAUUUUAUCACCCCACCUGGAGGUAUCCCCGGGGUUCAAGGCCCACCACAUAUGGUUGUGUACAACCAUUUUGCUCCAGUUGGACAGUUUGGACUAAGUUUCAUGGGUACAACCUACAUCCCAUCUGGAAAGCAACCUGACUGGAAGCACAACCCUGCUUCUUCUGCAAUUGGUGAAGGAGAUAUGAACAAUUUGAAUAUGGCAGUUUCGCAGUGUAAUUCUAACAACAUGCCUGCUCAAAUCCAGCAUCUUGCCCCUGGCCCUGGGUCACCUCUUCUGCCCAUGGCAUCACCACUCGCUAUGUUUGAUGUUUCUCCUUUCCAGUCCACUCCAGACAUGUCGGUCCAAGCUCAUUGGUCUCAUGUUCCUGCUUCACCUCUGCAGUCUGUUGCACCAUCAAUGCCAUUGCAGCAACAGGCAGAAGGUGUACUACCUUCUCAGUUCAGUCAGGGUUCUCCUGUUGACCAGCCAUUGACUAGCAACAGGUUCCCUGAGUCCCGAACAUCAACAUCCUCCAAUAGCAGUCGGAAAUUUCCUGUGGAAACUGGUGCAACCAUCACUCAGUUGCCUGAUGAACUAGGGUUGGUGGAACCAUCUAGCUCCACCAUUACUGAAGCUUCAGCACAACAUAUUGCUGAGAGCCCGUCCCUCACCACAGUUGCAGAUGCUGGCAAGAUUGAUGUCCAAAACAAUAGUGGUGUUAAAAGUAAUGGCCAGAGCACAAAUCCUGCAUUCAAGGCUCAGUCUUCCCAGCAAAAGAAUAUAUCAUCUUUCCAGCAUUACGGUAACUCUUCCGGGUAUAAUCAUCAGAGAGGAAGUGGGGUUUCGCACAAGAACAACUCCAGUGAAUGGACCCAUCGUAGAAUGGGUUUCCAAGGAAGAAACCAAUCCAUGAGUGGAGACAAGAACUUUCCCGCUUUAAAGACGAAGCAGAUUUAUGUGGCUAAACAGACCAAUAAUGGUACUUCAACGUCAUCAUGAUGUUAGGAAAAACAAGCUUCUCGGACUCAAGUGGAAAGAGAAAAUCAAAGAGCGGAGCAUUUUUUUUCACCAGAUGCAACUUUUUUUUUUUUUUUUCAUCUUUCUGGGAAAAUCGCUUGGGUUAGUAUGGGACUGGUGAGUACUGAGUUUUCCUGAUGAAAAAUUGCACUACCGGUUGGUGAAGAGCAGUUUUGGUUUUGAGUUUUCUAGUUAGGAAGAUAUGGAUAUUUGGUCUUUUGGGGUGGUAUGUUAGUUUCAAUUGGCCUUAUGGACGCGAUGUAGUGUUUUUGUGUAAAGGGGCUCUCGAUGAAUUGAUCGGUUCACUCGUUGCUCGAACACUCUUAAAGUGUAAUUUUGUUAGGUACAUAAAUGUCUCUUUGGGAUUUAAUCAUGUAUUAAAGCUCUAUAUAUGAAGGAUCCAACUGAUGUUCUUUCCAUCUAAG